AUGGUAACGGGAGAGAAGAGAAGCGAUAUGCGUAACUCCAUUCGUAACGCUUUUGGUUUUGACCGGUCUCGUUCGGUCUCGAUCCGGUCUUUUUUAGGACUGGUCUCGGAAUGGUCCGGUCUUUUCGGACAAGUUCGAGACAAUCUCGAGCUGGACUUUUUGCACCAUCUUUUUUUGGGUCUGGUCCGAGAUCGAUCUUUUGUGCAGCUGUUGGGAUUUCAUCGCAUCCCUGCAUCUCGAUCUUUCUGUAACAGGCUGGAAAAGGUCGGUAAAGAGCAUGCUGGUUUUGAUAAUGUUCAUUCCGCAAGCCGGCAACACGCAACCAACAACUUUGAUGAGAGCCAUCUCAUUGGGAGAGGAGGAUUUGGCGAUGUGUACAAGGGAGAACUCCUCCAAUUGGAGGGGCAUACCAUGGCUGCUUUAAAACGUUUAGAAAUUGCUCGAGGGCAAGGUGAGCCCGAGUUUUGGAAGGAGGUGAUGACCCUUUCCCUUUACAAACAUGAAAAUAUUGUCUCCCUUUUAGGUUUUUGUGAUGAGAAAGGUGAGAAGAUCCUUGUGUAUAAGUAUGCUUCCAAGGGGAGUCUCGAUUCACAUCUCAAAAGCAAGAAUCUAACAUGGGUUCAACGCCUUAAGAUAUGCAUUGGGGCAGCUCGUGGAUUAGCGUAUCUUCAUAAUCCUAUAUUGAACCAACAAAGAGUAUUGCACCGUGACAUUAAAUGCUCCAACAUUAUAUUAGAUGAUGAUUGGAAUGCCAUAAUUGCUGAUUUUGGUCUAUCUAUACGUGUUCCCAUUAAGCAAGAAUACUCAUUUAUGGUCUCUGAUGCUUGUGGUACUGCUGGGUAUUGCGAUCCACUAUAUGCCGAGACAGGGUUUCUAACAAAGGAAUCUGACGUUUACUCAUUCGGCGUGGUGUUGUUUGAAGUGUUGUGUGGGAGGUUGUGUAUUGAUAACAAAGAUGAGCACCAACGUUUAACUGAAUUGAUACAAAAUUUUGGCAAUAACUUUGAAGAAGUUAUUUAUGAUGGUAUAAAGGAUGAAAUAAACCCUCGUGCCUUGCAGGAGUUUACAACAAUUGCUUAUCAAUGUUUAAGGAGAGAGCGUGAAGAACGUCCUUUAAUGGAAGAUGUAGUGCUAAAACUUGAAAGUGCACUCAAAUACCAACUUGAACCUAUCGAAAUACAACCGGAAGAUAUAAUAUCAGCAACAAACAACUUUGCUGAAGGUAACUGUAUCGGUCAAAGAGGAUUCGGAAAAGUAUACAAAGGAAAACUUGUCCUUUGGAAGGGGCCUACCAUGGUUUCUUUACAACGUUUAGGAAGUGUAUUCACGCAAGCUAGAUACCUUGAGCAAUUGGAAGAAAUUAUGAUGCUAUCGGGUUACAGGCAUGAAAAUAUUAUCUCCCUCUUAGGAUUUUGUGAUAAGAAUGGCGAUGAGAUUCUCGUGCAAGAAUAUGCAUCAAAGGGAAGUCUUGACUUGCAUCUCGGAAGCAAUCAUCUAACAUGGGUUCAACGCCUGAAGAUAUGCAUUGGGGCACCCUUGGGUAUCGUGAUCCGCUGUACAUGGAGACGGGGUUACUGA